GCUAGCUAGGAAGUUGAUGUCAUCAAAUUUCACAUGAUGUGUAGCGACGUCCAAACAUCAAAACAUUGCUAGCAAAUUGUAAAAAGAAAUGGAUAGUAAAAAUAUUAUUCCAUUAAAUAACGACAGUAGACGCUGUAUUUUCUUUAAAACAGAUUCUGACGACUAUCGAUGUGUGGUGAUUCUCACAGUGAAGCGAGCCACAGGCACCUUCUCACUGAUAGGAUGCUUUUUCAUGCUGUUUGUAAUCUGGCUUCUGCGCCGGUAUCACUCCUUGGCCCAGAAGAUGAUUUGCAGUCUGACAGUUGCGGCCUUCUUUGACAGUGUAGCGUAUGUCAUGGGUGAUACCCAUCCAGAGGGGAGUCUGUGUAACUUCCAGGCCUGGUGGCUCACUUAUUUUGACUGGAGUGCCUUGGCCUGGGUGUGCCUGAUCACAGUGAACCUCUACCUUAACCUGGUCAAAGAGAUGAGCACCAGCCACUACGAGCUACUGUACCACCUGAUGGCCUGGGGGGUGCCCCUGGUGAUGGCCUCCCUGCCCCUGUUCAGUGGAUACUACGGCCCAGCAGGAGCCUGGUGCUGGAUCACAGACGACCACGUAGCUUGGAGAUUUGGGAUAUGGUACGUCCCACUCUUCACCCUCAUCUUCCUCAUGAUCUGCUGCUACGCCAGAAUAAUCUACGUAGCCAAUGAGAGGAUGCAGUCGUGGUUUGGCACCUUCAACCCAGAGAGGGAGAGGAGAAAGGUGUCUUUGGCUGAGGAGAUAAAGCCGUUGAAGUGGUAUCCAUCCGUUUAUCUCCUGGUGUCUCUGUUCCCCCUCAUCAACAGGCUCCAUAAUGCGUUCUACCCCCAGGAUCCAGUGUUCUCUCUUACUUUGCUCCAUGUCCUUUCAGCCCCUCUCCAUGGCUUGGCCAAUGCAUUCGUCUUUGGCCUGGACAGAGACACCUGGAGCCAGCUCAGUCCUACAGGCAUACAGUUGGCGCUGCAGUCUCGGCUGUGUGACAGGACGCGUAUCAGGGAGUACCAUCCUGGGGCGGUGCACUACACACAAGCUGAGCUGGGGGACUUCAGUGACGAGGAUGAUGAUGACACCAAUGUCCUUUUCUACUCCCCUGACAUGACCCUGAAAGACAGAGGACCCUAAGAGAGAGGCAGACAGACAGACAGAGCAAGCGAGAGAUUAAUUCUGAGGGGGGAUACGUAGGGAGGAAGAGAGAAAGGGAGCGAAGGAGGGAUGGUGAGGGGUUUCUGUGGUAGAUCUGUCAGGAUCCAUUAUUAAUCCACAUCCUUUACUAUUUAAUAACCUCCAACUACACGCACGCACACACACACACACACACACACACACACACACACACACACACACACACACACACACACACACACACACACACACACACACACACACACACACACACACACACACACACACACACUAUCCUGCCUUGCUAUCUGACUUACACAGCAUCGUAACAGAACCAGCGAAGCAGCUAUAGUGCUUUAAACAGCCUUCAACCCUAAUGCUACACGCUAGCCUGGGUGCCAGUCUGACUCUGCUUCAGUCCUAGUCAACAACUGCAGAGCUGGCUAAGGAAACAACAGACUUUCCUCGUACCCAGGCUAGCAUAUCACUAGUCCCAAGGGGCUUCCUCUCCUCACCUCCUUUCCUUCAUCUGCACUGAUCUGAAAAGACAGGAUAGGUGAAAGCAAAAUGUGUGUUUAAUGUUCAAAGGAGAGGAAAACAGUUAAGACUAUUGACAUGUACCCAGGUACUGCACAGUCACUUGGCUUACUGAGCUCUCCAUGUUAUUUUUACAUUAAUUUUUUUGUUGUCAUUUAGCAGACGCUCUUAUCCAGAGCGAUUUACAGGCGCAAUUAGGGUUGAGUGCCUUGCUCAAGGACACAUCGACAGAUUUUUCACCAAGUCGGCUCGUGGAUUUGCACCAGCGACCUUUCGGUUACUGGCCCAACACUCUUAACCUCUAGACUACCUGCAGCGUAUGCUAUUAGCUUGUGUUUAUUGUGUUAUUUAUGGCUUAUUUUUUAUACUGUAUGACUACUGUUAGCAAAUCCCUCCCAAGAACAUGUUGCGAUCACGAUAAUGCCCAGCAUUAUAUGUGACUUACUGAGCUCUGAGGGGUAUAAUACAACGCAAGUUAAACAAGUUAGCUAGCUAACUUACCUGAAUAGUCUGACAUAACUUUUUAUUUUUUUAGAAAGAUAAGCUUGAAAUGGGCAUGGUCUAAUUGACUCGACAACCAAAACGCAAAUCUAAGUUUAGCUUUCUUAAUUAACCAGAAAAUCAGUAGUUAUUUCUGGUUGUUUAUCAGUUAGCAGGCUAACUCAUUGAUCCUGCUUUGUAGUAUACCCCUCUGUUGCUAAUGCUACAGUAGCUGACCAUACAGCUUCUCUAACUCAACUCAACAUGCAAAAAAGGCCUCAAUUCAAAACAGACAGAUAAAUGGAGGGAGGAAAAAAUGUAAAGAAGGGGAGGGGGUGAUGGAAUUGUGAAACCAAGAUAGAGGAGAGGGAGCAAGAGAUAUCUUAGAACAAUUCAUGUCCCAACGAUAGCUGGGGAUUUAAACGAACAAAAUCCAGUAUUUGAACCGUUUAACUUCUAUCAUAUCUGUUGUUGUCUUUACAUAUGUUAUUACUAAUGUUGCUACUCUUGUAAAACGUCCAUUGUUUUUCGUACUUUUAUGCAUCUGUAUGUUGUUUUUCCAUGAAAUGCUGUGGUCCGCCCACAGGUUUGAGUUUGUUUGAUAAACUGUUAUACUGUAUUUAUAAGAGACAAUGUACUGUAUAUAUAUUAGUGUAUACGCUAUAUUUUUGUAUGGAUGCUUUUGACUGGAAUGUGAAAAGGUUAACUUGACCCCUAAAUGGUCUCCAUGUCCUGCUGUUUAGGCCUCAAUGGGGGUGGAAGCAGUAAAAUUGAUCACGCACACACUCUUAAAAUGUGUCUCACACACUUACACUCUUUCUUUGAUGCCUGUCUCACACAAAUGCAUGUACACAAACACACACACACACUUUGACACAGUCACCUGUCUCUUUGAUGUAGCGGCUGCCACAAGGACAGUAGGAGCCUCUGACGGCCUGUCAUUUACCUUCGACACUAUGUCAUUGGCUGACAUCUAGAGAACCGCAAUGUGAUUAGCAGGCUAUUAGAGGUGCUGUGUGGUUGACGGGUUGAUGAAAAGAGAGAUGUGAUUUUGCUGAACAUCCUGACAAGAAUGUCGCUCCUUUCCCAAAUCAACCCCAUAGCCCCAGUGCACUUAUGGAGAACUGGAUAGCUAUUAGUGAAACAGUCAUCUACACAAGUGCAUAGGAGGUAUGGGUCAAGGGGUCAAUUUGGGGAUGCGCAUAUAGACCUAACACAGAAUCCUAUCUACACAUAAUUAUACAGUCCCCUUUCAAACCACAUACAAUCGCUGCACCAAUCCUAGUUUAGGCAUAUGUCUAUUGUUCUGCUGUACACUCCAUCUAAUAAACAAGCAGGAUACAC